AUGGGUUGUCUAUGUGAAGGCACUGACGUUUUUGUGGUUCAACUAGAAGAAAUUCAACCAAAAUAUCCUCUGAUUAAUCCUAUUGAACCAUCUAAAAAUAUUGUACCACAUGUAAUAUUAUAUGCACCAGCACCUAUUGCAAGAACAAUGGUAUUCAAAUCACAGGGCAAAAGAUUACAAACUCUCUUACCAGUACAGUAUCCUCUCACUGUAUUAGCUAAACCAAUAUUACAGUCUAUCGCACCUUUAAGUAAACCUAUUCAACUUCGUGAAAUACCAACAAAGAAGAAAACAUUACUAGAGUCUAUAAAAUUCCGAAAUAAUCUAUUACAAGAGGUCACCAAAUUGUCUAUAAAACCAGCACCACAACUAACUGAAUUAUUAGCUGCACCUACACAAAAACAUGUUGCAGUUUCAAGCUAA